AUGCUUCCAUUAAUUGGAAAAACAAUCAUCUUUGAUAACUUUCCUGAUCCUUCUGAUACAUGGGAAAUCACUGAAACCAUCGGCAAAGGAACGUACGGGAAGGUUUUUAAAGUCCUGAAUAAGAAAAAUGGCCAGAAAGCAGCAGUCAAAAUUCUGGAUCCAAUCCACCUGUGCAAUGGAGGAUCAGUGACCGAUCUUGUGAAAGGAUUUCUGAAGAGGGGGCAAAGAAUGAGCGAGCCUCUGAUUGCAUAUAUUUUACAUGAAGCACUCAUGGGACUUCAGCAUCUGCAUAACAACAAAACUAUCCACCGCGAUGUAAAAGGGAAUAACAUUCUGUUGACUACUGAAGGUGGAGUCAAGCUAGUAGAUUUUGGUGUGUCUGCACAGCUCAGCAGCACCCGGCACCGCCUGAACACCUCUGUAGGAACACCGUUUUGGAUGGCUCCUGAGGUGAUUGCAUGUGAACAGCAAUUAGAUACCACUUACGAUGCUAGAUGUGACACAUGGUCCCUGGGUAUCACCGCUAUUGAGCUUGGUGAUGGAGAUCCUCCACUAGCUGAGCUGCAUCCCAUGAGAGCGCUCUUCAAAAUACCAAGGAAUCCACCCCCUAAACUAAGGCAGCCUGAGCUAUGGUCAGCAGAGUUCAAUGACUUCAUUAGCAAAUGCUUGACCAAAGAUUAUGAAAAGCGUCCAACAGUGUCGGAUCUUCUGAAGCAUAAAUUCAUUACUCAGAUCGAGGGCAAAGACGUGAUGCUACAAAAACAGCUAAUGGAAUUCAUUGAUAUUCAUCAGUGCUUGGGCAGCACAGAGAAGGCCAGGCACAAACAGAAGCUGAAUCUUUCAGCUGUGUUUUAUUCAGACAGCCAGUGGUCUGAGAAGACAGUAGAAAAUUAUCCUAAAGAUUUUCCUCAAAUCUCAUCUGCAGCAAGCAGGUUGUAUAGGAAGGGAAACAAGACAGUCAACAUUCCAAGAUUUACUCUUGCUCUUCUGCAACUUGGAAGUGUGUAUAGUGUGCUGGCCGCAAUCUUGAAUGUUGGAAACAUUGAAUUCUCCUCUGUGGCAACUGAGUACCAGAUGGACAAGAGCUACAUCUGCAAUCACGCAGCUCUGGAGAACUCAGCAUCUUUGCUUUGCAUUCAAGCAGAUGAGCUACAGGAAGCUCUUACCUCUCACUGUGUGGUCACUAGAGGGGAAACAAUUAUCCGACCCAACACGGUAGAAAAAGCUACUGAUGUCCGAGAUGCCAUGUCUAAAACUUUAUAUGGACGUCUCUUUAGCUGGAUAGUCAAUUGUAUUAACAGUUUGUUGAAACAUGACACAUCACCAAGUGGGGACGAGGAGCUGAGCAUUGGCAUUCUUGAUAUAUUCGGCUUUGAAAAUUUCAAAAGAAACUCCUUCGAGCAGCUGUGCAUUAACAUUGCAAAUGAACAGAUCCAGUAUUAUUUUAAUCAGCAUGUGUUCGCAUGGGAGCAGAAUGAAUACCUAAAUGAAGAUGUGGAUGCUAGAGUUAUUGAAUAUGAAGACAACCGGCCCCUCUUAGACAUGUUUCUGCAGAAGCCAAUGGGCUUAUUAUCCCUGCUUGAUGAGGAAAGUAGAUUUCCCAAGGCCACUGACCAGACUCUCAUAGAAAAGUUUGAAGAUAACCUGAAAUCACAGUACUUCUGGAGACCCAAGAGAAUGGAACUUAGUUUUGGCAUUCACCACUAUGCGGGCAAAGUCCUCUACAGUGCUAAUGGGUUCUUGGCGAAAAACCGAGACACGCUCCCAACUGAUAUUGUGUUACUUUUGAGGUCAUCAGAAAACAGUGUAAUUCGGCAACUUGUCAACCACCCUCUGACUAAAACAGGUAACCUGCCACUUUCUAAAACUAAAAAUCUGAUAAACUAUCAGAUGAGGAAUUCCGAAAAAUCCACAAACCUGACCAAGGGUGAAACUAGAGACAUCACACGCCAUGCCUGUGAAACCACCAACAUGAAAACACAAACGGUCGCAUCAUAUUUUAGAUAUUCCUUGAUGGAUUUGUUAUCUAAAAUGGUGGUGGGCCAACCUCAUUUUGUGCGUUGCAUCAAGCCAAAUAAUGAGAGACAGGCAAGAAAAUAUGACAAGGAGAAGGUUCUGCUACAGCUCCGCUGCACAGGGAUUUUGGAAACAGCCAGAAUUCGAAGGCUUGGUUACUCACAUCGGAUACUGUUUGCUAACUUUAUAAGAAGGUAUUAUGUUCUCUGCUACAAGUCGAGUGAAGAGCCCCCAGUGAGCCCAGACACCUGUGCUACCAUUUUGGAAAAGGCUGGUCUUGAUAAUUGGGCUCUUGGAAAAACAAAAGUGUUCCUUAAAUAUUAUCACGUGGAACAGUUGAAUCUAAUGAGAAAGGAAGCCAUUGACAAGCUUGUUUUGAUUCAAGCUGGUGUCAGAGCAUUCUUGGGUUCAAGAAGAUACCAAAAGCUACAGCAGAAGAGGAGAGACAGUGCUGUAAUAAUACAGUCAGCUGCAAGAAGACAUCUCAUGAGGAAACAAGGAAAAGAAACUGCUAACGUGAAAAACACAGCAGUAACGAACCUUCAAGCUAAUGAUCGGGAAUUUGACUACAAGAAAAACUUUGAAACUAAAAGGGAAUCUUUUGUGAAGAAACAGACAGAAAAUGCAGCGUUUACUAAUGAAUCCAACAUUUCAGCUCCAAACAACAAAGAGAGCCCAUCUUCAGGAAGGACAGCUCCCUUCAGAGCUGAGGGGAAAACCACCAAUGUUGCUGAGAGUAACAACAAAAGAUACCAGACUCAGAAGAAAAUCAGCAAUGUGUACGGGGAAGAGCGGAAUCAAGAGCUGUGUGUUGUGGGGGACCCUUGGGCAGAAGUAAGCCCUGGGAAGAAGUAUAUGCAAGACCUGGAAGAAAGCAGGAAGAUAAGGAAAGAGGAGAAAGGGGACACUGUGAUACAAACUUACUGUCAGUGGUACACAGAGGGGAGGAACUUUGAAGAAUCAAAAGCAACAUGUCUAGAAGGGGAGGAGACAUGGGAGAAGCCAAGCUGCCCGGGACUGUGGCUAACUGAGGAGAUUUACCUGAGAAAAACUUUGGAUCCUAGCCUUAACCAAAGGUCACUCUAUCAAAAUGCAGACAGCAAAGCCAAAGAAAAGAAGACAUCUGUGGUUACCCAGAAUGCACGGCUGUGCAACCUGGAGAGAGAGUAUCAUCACCUGCAUGGGUUCCUCAGAGAAAAAGACACAAGACCAGGGGAGCAGGCCCAGGAGGAAGACAAGGCGGCUGUGUUCAUUCAGAGCAAAUACCGGAGUUCCAAGCCAAAGCAGCAGUUGAGGGAGGACAGGCUGACACCUUACUUUAAGAAUCAAAAGAUCGUUUCGUCACCCACAGAAGUAGCAAGAAACAUUCACAGUGUUUAUUCCUGUCCUACAAAGCAUGAGGAGACCCAUCCUCUCAAGGUGACAAGCGACAGAGACUCAAAGGUGGCUUGGAAAAAAGAAGCCUGUGAUUUGGCAAUGUUUUCAAGACAGAUAUCAAAGUUAUCUGAAGAGUAUUUCAUUCUGCAGAAAAACUUGAAUGAAAUGAUUUUGUCACAGCAACUGAAGCCACUUUAUCUGGGUAUCUAUCAUCAUAAACCAGUUAAUAGAAGUGUUUCUACUCAUCAGUACCUCUCAGGUGUCGCUAAAGAAGAGCCAGAAAUAUUGAGACCUCCAAGACGACCCCGGAAACCCAAAACAUUAAAUAACCCUGAAGACUCUACAUACUACUAUCUACUCCACAAGUCAAUCCAAGAAGAAAAACGGAGACCAAGAAAAGACAGUCAAGGAAAAUUACUAGGUUUGGAAGAUUUCUAUUAUAAGGAACUUUUGCCCACUCAUUCUGGACCAAAGGAACAUAGCUCUAAUGUAAGAGAAUGGAGACCACAGAAGGAACUCCAGGAUCAAUGCACUGAGAUUAAUGAAAGGUGCUGGACUGCCAAGGGGAGCGAGGAGAUCUCCGCCAACCCUUACGACUACAGAAGGCUCCUGCGCAAAACCUCCCAGCGCCAGCGCCUGGUGCAGCAGUUGUAGCAGCUACAGAGCUUUAGGAAGUGCUGGACCCCGAGACACCAGAAGGACCAAAGCAGCAGCAGCAGCAACGGGCACCCUCUGGCACCCACCCGAACCCUCAGAACCCUCAGGCACUGGAGCCGCUGAUGGCCUGCCAGCUCUGUUCCCUCUCAAAUACUAGGGCCACCUCGAGGCCCUGACCCAAGAGAAUCUGAACUCCUUUGGGGAGUUCCAGAUACUGGACCCCCAGACUUCUCCCACCUGCCCGCCGCCCCCAUGGCCCUAAUGUACCACUGUAUUCUGCUGUUUGUGACUCAGGGUACUCACUCUGCCUGAGCGGUCACCAGUCCCUUUGCUCGUUUUGAAAUGAUUUAAGAGAUUUCUUCUUUCUUGAAAAGACUUUCUCAGGACCAAACGACAGUCGCUCUUGGUUGGGUAUGUCAGAACAAAGGUGAGAUGGCAGUGGGAAGGAGUUUUCUCCUCUCUUGAUUAAUAAUAUUGCUAAAUAAAGUAAGCAU